CACCAUCGUCCUCUGGAUCUUCGGCACGACCCGCAGUCUCCGGUCGGGCACGAACCUCCUCGUCAUGAACCUCGCGCUCUCUGACCUGUGCAUGAUGCUGACCCAGUUCCCGGUGCUGGUGACCAACUGCUACAACCAGCGGUGGACUCUCGGCGCUCUGGCCUGCGAGGUCUAUGUUUCUGCGGGGCACUCUUUGGCACUGUGUCCAUUAUCACGAUGGCACUCAUAGCUAUGGACAGGUACUAUGCCAUCGCCCAACCCUUUAUCGGGUGGAGACUGAGCUACGGGCGCGCGAUCGUGUGGGUGUGCGGGGCGUGGGCGUAUGGCGUGGUGUGGUGCUGCCCCCCCCUCCUCGGCUGGAACGAGUACGUCCUCGAAGGAUUCCUGACCAGCUGCACCUUCGACUACCUCAACGAAGACCUGUGGAGUCGUUCAUACGUGUUCGUGCUGUUCGUAGGGGCUUACUUGCUGCCUCUCGCCACCAUCACGAUUUGCUACGGGCGGAUCUUCUCGUCUGUCUCUCGCCACGACCAGAAGGUGGCCAGGGAAAACGACCUGGGUGAUCUGAGUUCCGUGAAUUUUCAUCGAAGGGAGACUCAACUAGCUCGGGUUGUGAUCAUUUCCGUGUGGUUCUGGGCAAUGGCUUGGACACCAUACGCCGUUGUCUCCCUCAUGGGCAUCCUCUCCUGGCGCGACAACCUCACCCCAUUGGCCACGAUGCUGCCCGCUCUCUUCGCCAAGCUCUCCACCGUCUACAACCCUUUUAUUUACGCCGUUUCGCACCCGAGAUACCGGCAGGAGCUUGCCGUGAGAUUGCCCUGGCUCUGCUGUCGCCUGCCGAUGGAAAGAAGUUACUCCAUGUCCAGGCAGCGGUCUCUCACGUCUACCGUUUCCCGAACCUCCUCCGUCAAUAAUUACAGGAGCAAUGGACAGCGAUCCUUCCGGAAUUCUUCUAAAGCUGACGUGACGAAGGACCUGCCAAGCCUAGACGCCCUCGUGUCAUCCUUGGGAAACGAGGCAAGCAAGACGACCCACAAUACAGACCUGUGAAUGGAUGAGUAAAGGAUGAGAUGAAUGGAAGACAGGCUGAAUCAGCUGGGUGGAUUAGGAGCAGGUUAAAUCGAGUAGAUGAAUAAGAAACAGGUUGAAUCAUUUCGGUGAGUUGAGGAACAAGUUGAAGGCUCCUAGAGAGGGAAUGUGUACUUUGUAAGUA